CUUCCGGUCCCCACACACACACAUACAUACACACACUCACUGGGCAGGACGCUUUUCGGCUUGUCGCAAAACAUUUUACAGCGGUUCAUCAUGGACGUACAGUGAGUAAAAGUUCGUACCAGAGCGUUUGUUUCUCCUGCGUCAAGUUUGAGAGCGACGAGUUAAACAAGUGAGGGAAGUUUCGCUCUUCUGACGACUUUUAGCGCUUUGAGCCGCGGAGCUGCUGUGUGUCAGUGAGCAGCCGGGCGCGCGGCUAAGCUAACGUGGCACAGAGCGGAGCGGAGCGGCAGGCCCAGACACCGUCCCUCCCCCGCCACGUUAGCGUACUAGUAGUGUAGUACUGUACCGUACUGUACCGUACCGUACUGUCCCCUCCUCUCCUUCCCCCCCCCGACCCGUUCGCGCUGCACACGAUGAUGGUGGAGCCGCUGUCCCUCGUCGCCGUUUCCCUGCUCGUCGGGGCGCUCGUCAUCCUCGUGGCCGUGGCGCUGUCCGGCGGGCGGAGCGGGGAGCGAGCGGAGGCACCCGGGGGACACGCCGAGGAGAACGGAGCGAAGGCGCCUCCCUCCAAGAAACAGAAGCCGCAGCAGCGCCUUCGCAAGGAAAGGCCACAGCAUCAGUGCUCCUUCGCGCACCCGCUCCUCGCAUCCUCCUUAAAGGGCCACACUGGCAACGUGACCUGCCUGGACUUCAGCAGCAACGGGAAGUAUCUCGCGUCCUGUGCCGACGACCGGACCGUCAGGAUUUGGAGCACCAAGGACUUCCCGGAGCGCGAGCACCGCUGCCUGCGGGCCAACGUGGAGCUGGACCAUGCCACUGUCGUCCGCUUCAGCCCUGACUCGCGAGCCUUCAUAACCUGGCUGGCCAACGGAGAGACCAUUCGCGUGUUCAAGAUGAGCAAGAAGGAGGAUGGCUCUAUGAACUUCAAAGUUGCCGCUGAAGACUUCCGCCAGAGACAUAAGGGCAACGUUAUCAAUAUUGGAAUCGCAGAGACCGGAAAGUUCAUCAUGACUGCAUCCACUGACACCACCAUUCUGAUCUGGGACCUCAAAGGGGAGGUUCUCGCCUCCAUUAAUACCAACCAGAUGACCAACUCGUAUGCUGCCAUCUCUCCCUGCGGCAGGUUUGUGGCCUCCUGUGGGUUCACCCCUGACGUGAAGGUGUGGGAAGUGUGCUUCGGAAAGAGUGGCGAGUUCAAGGAAGUGGUGCGCGCGUUCGAGCUGAAGGGCCACUCGGCAGGCGUCUGCUCCUUCGCCUUCUCCAACGACUCCCGCAGAAUGGUGACGGUGUCCAAAGACAGGACGUGGAAACUGUGGGACACGGAUGUGGAGUACAAGAAGCAACAGGACCCCUACUUGCUGCGGACUGUUCCGUGCCACGUGUCCGAAGGCAGCCGAGUCGCCCUGUCCCCAGACGCACGCGCGGUCGCCGUUUCCAGCGGCUGCGGCGUGGCCGUGUUCGGCGCUGCCAGCGGUGAGCUGGAGGAGGAGUUCCGUGACGUGCACGGCGAGGCGGUGACGGACCUGAGGUUCGACGUCGGCAGCCGCUACCUGGUGUGCAGCGGGGACCGCGUCAUACGCGUGCUCCAUAAUGCGCCGGGCUACCGGGCCACCGUCAGGGACAUGCAGGCCUUGCUGAAGAAGGCCUCCAACGAGGCCAUGCGCCAGAGGUUGCAGCAGCAGAUCCAGGAAGCCCAGAGCUCUUUGGAGAACAUCUUAGCCAGGCCGAAGGACUGAGCGCCCGGGUCUGUCGCUCUUCCUGCUGAUUUUAAGACAAUAAAUAAUGGUGCAUUUCUAGUAAAAUCGCCUACGUG